UCUAGACAGAAAGCAGAUGGAUAGAUACAUGCAAGGUUUCAACUCGCCGCAGAGGGGACGAGCAUUGGGCUUUGCCCAAGGCAUUCACAAGGGGGAAAACCAGAUCAACGACAAGACCACUGGAAAGCCGAGACUCAUUCAUCUUCCAAACCCCCGGCAGCGCAGCGUUGUCACUGCAUUUCUCAAAGAUAAAAUGAGCACUGGUGAUCGGGAAGUUCUCGAUAAUGAAAUCAAGCGUGUCAAGGCCCAUGCUGAGAUUGUGGAGAAAGGCGUGGCUAGUCUUGUGUCUGCUGGUCAGCUGGAAGGCUCCAUCAAGAGACCAGGCGAUGAAGAAGCAAUUAAGUCUCCUGAAGCCGUCAAGGAGGAACUUAGAAAUUUCCAUUGCUACGUGGAUAUUAGCGGCUCAUUCGAGCAGAGCAAGCGCUACCUCAGCGACAUUGGCUACAUUGACGGAAACUCGACAGUCACUGAGGUGCUCUACCCACACGUCAUGUGGAGGCACGCGCUAUUACUCCGCGGGAGCAGCAUGAUUGAAGAACGAG